UGUUGUUCAUUUCGCUGGGUUCGGAACAAUUUUGAGUUUUGGUGAAAUUAAAGUUUGAAUUUAAAACAGUAAUAAAGCAAUAAAACGAAAAUGACUACGGAUAUCAAUCAGAUUGGAUCACAAAAAGUUAAAAGCAUCACCAGCGGUGAGACAGUAGAGUUGAAAAGCUUCUGGGAGGACCAGAAUGUUGCUAUCAUAUUCUUCAGACGCUGGGGUUGCAUGCUCUGCAGAUUGUGGGCCAAAGAGUUGAGUGAAAUUGCUCCAGUAUUGAACAAGCACAAUGUGAAGUUGAUCGGUAUUGGCGUGGAGGAGGCCGGCUCUAAGGAUUUCAUAAACGGGAAAUAUUUUGAUGGAGAUCUGUACUACGUGGACAACAUAUCAACAUACCAACUUCUUGGCUUCAAAAGAUUUAACGUGGUCACCAUAAUCACAUCACUUUUCUGGAAACAGUCUAGAGACGCCAUAUUCAAAGGACGCGGCAUGGGCUUGGGAGGAGAUUUGAAGGGAGAUUGGGUGCAAACCGGAGGCGCUGUGCUUGUCCAAAAGGGCGGGAAUCUCCUACGUCAUUUCACUCAAAGUGGCCCCGGUGAUCAUUUGUCUAAUAAGGAUAUCUUGAAGCACUUCGGGCUUGAGAACGAGUACAAUCCAGAAACGAUGGCCAACAAGAAGCCAGAAGAAAAGGAGUGCACUACAGAGGCGCAGUCCUAAGCAGUGGUUAGUGGCUUUGCAAGAGCAUUCGCUAGCCCCCAUACAUACGAUUUGGACGGAGCGGCGAUGCAAACGAAGCUGGGUGUAGUUCCAAUCCAUUGACGAUUUUCUAUGACUUCAUUUUCCUUAUGAGACUGAUAUAACCCGCAUUGGAUUGUGGGCAAGCGAAAUUGUAAGUUAUUACUUGUAUUCAAGGCCGUUAAUUGCGUGCCUUAGUAUAGUGAGUAAUGGGUAUGCGAAAUUGUUCGUUGUACCUGAGAUCUUAAGGUUGAAUCUUCCUUGGUCUUUUACGAGACUGGUAGAAACUGUAAUGAGUUGGGUAAGCCAAAUUAUUGGUUAUUGCUCAAAGAUUAGGCCUAGAAUUGCUUGUUUGUUGCAAGCUUGGAUACUUUCGUAUAUUUGUCCGUUUUAAUUCGAGGCAAAAUGAACUUUAAAAUGUAAGAUGGUCGUUCCAAAUUAGAUUGUAACUUUGUUUUACAAAAGAAAACUAAUGAUCGUCUCUCCAAAAGGUGAUUUGGACCUAAAAGCUAAGUCGAUAAAGUCGUGAAUGGAUUGUGUUCUACAAAAAAACUGAAUAUUUUGAAUAAUUGUUGUAUUUAAUUAUUAAAAAAAUAUUCCGGGUAUAUGGUGUCUUAUCGUAUUGUCCUGUAAUUGCAUUUUAUUACGAAUAAACUUAUUAAAACAUUGUAAACUUUAUAAAGUUAAAAAUUGUUAUCGAUUUCGAUUCAGACAAUUGAGGUUUGAUGUGCGAUGAAAAAAUUACCUUAUUCCGACUGUAUAAAGUUCAAUAUUAAAUGCCCGGAUCGGGUGAAGAACUAUUGAGGAUUUUUCGGUUUUUUGAAAGUUCUCAACAUAAGCAUGGAGUCUAGAAUUAUGUCCGGUUUAUGGCAAUAGGCACAACCCUAUUAUAUGGAACUUAUAACUGGGGCAAAGGGGUCUAUACGUGCACCUUUGCUUAUCCCUCCUGGGAUGACAGGCGUAAUGAUAUAAUUAUAUAAAGGCCAUAUAUAAUACAUGACUUACCUUUCCAGCAGUCGGAUAGAUCGCAUCAAUUCUCAGUUAUCUGAAAUCUCAAAGAAAAUAUAUUUUAAAAAUACAUUGUCAUCGAACGACAUCUUCUAAAUCUAAAUUAAUGUUGAAAGUGUUGAGCUUACAUAUCAUAGAAAUAUGAAUUUUUAAGAUAUUAAGUGGCAUACCUUGUCAUAUUAUUAUUUUCUAUAAUUUUAAUUUUUAUUAUUUUUAAUAUUUUGUUUUUUUAUUAAUUGGCGAAAUUACUUAUUAUGCGUCAACCGCACAAAUCAACCUUUGGAGUGCUCUCGGAACGCUGACAAAAAAAGAAAUUGUUUUUACAACUUGAAUCGUUUUUUGUUUUCAUGUUAUUAAUGCAACAUCAGCCUCUUUUUUUAUGAGAGGAAAAUCAUCGAAUGACUUCUCCCGCCUGGUUGAGGCGGGAGGGAGUGUCAGACUCAUACUGACU